AUGGCUUCGUCCGAGGAAGGGGCGACGACCGCGCCGCACACUGAACCAGAAUGCCUCAGUGUCAGAAAAUGGUGGUGCUUCCUUCUAUCCUCGAUCUUCACGUUCCUUGCGGGUCUACUCGUGGUGCUAUUAUGGCGCGCUUGCGCGUUUGUAUGCUGCCGCAAGGAGCCCGAGCUCUCGCCCAACGACCCGAAGCAGAAGGAGCAGAAGGCGGCGCGACAAGGGAAACAAGAGUUCGAAGGCACCUUCAUGACGGAGGCCAAGGACUGGGCCGGCGAACUUAUCUCCGGCCAAACCACCACCGGACGAAUACUGAUUGAUGAUGAUGAUGAGAUGUAUGUGUUAGAAAUAAGUACAAAAUGCAUAAAAUACAUCAAACAUAAGAGAAAUACAGCAUCAAAA